AUGGAAUCAAUAAUUGCAAUACCGUUCACAGUGCUUGAAAUACCAAAUAUAAAAAUUAAAAAACCGUCAUGGUUACAAGCUCCGUCUGCAAUGACAACGUUUUCAUUGGUGCUUUUGUCGUAUUUUUUGGUGACAGGAGGUAUAAUUUAUGAUGUUAUAGUGGAACCACCUAGCGUAGGCUCUACGACCGAUGAACAUGGUCAUAGCCGGCCAGUUGCAUUUAUGCCGAACAGAGUUAAUGGCCAAUAUAUUAUGGAAGGAUUAGCUUCUAGCUUUCUUUUUUCUCUUGGUGGGCUUGGAUUCAUCAUAUUGGAUAGAACACACAAUCCUUCUACACCAAAAUUAAAUCGAAUUUUAUUAAUUUCUGUAGCUUUUCUAUGUAUUAUUGUUUCAUUCUUCACCACUUGGAUAUUUAUGAGGAUGAAAUUGCCAGGUUAUUUACAGAACUGA